AUGGAAUCACACGAUUGUGAGAGUAAGAAAGUUGCAGCAUUGGCAAGAAGAAGGAGGAAACAAAUUCUCAGUGAAAGAAGAUUGAAAAGAAGUAGAGUUGGUGAUAAAGAAUUGGAUUUUGAAGUAUGUUUCAGUAGGAACUAUCAUCCAUCCAUUGACAACAUCAGAACACCACUUUCUAACAUCACUUCUUCAGUGAUUAAUCAAAGGAGUCAAAACUUGAAUGCACAUACAACAGAGCUUCUAAGGUCAUCAGCAACGGGUAGAAACGUCAGUGUCAAUAAGUUUCAGAAUCAAAGGCAACACAAUGCUUAUAAACUGAAGUCAAAUACAACAACACCCAAAUUUGGUUCAUGCAACUCGAAUUCAACAUGUACUAUGGAUACCAUGUCCCCUAACCUGGUAGCUGCGACAUCAUAUCAACGAAGAAAGACAAUUAUUCAACCAAAUACGCCACGACUGAGCAGACAACAUGCUUUCAAUUCACCUGUCAGCCUCGAUACAAACACACCUUCAAGUGGUACAACAUCUUCCUUUGCUAAUCAAGUCUUCAAAAACGUUAAUACACAGCAAAGUGGAUCGGUCGUUUCAUCCAGAAGACAAUUGAAUGUUGGUGUUAUUCAAUCUAUGGCCGCCAAUCUAUUCAAAAAAUUCUCAAAUAUUGAUCAUUAUGGUGAGUCUUCAUCCACAAGCAAUAUUCACCGCAACACAAGUGUUAAUAACGAAGCAGAUGAAACCGUUGAAGAUGGAACAACGGAUGAUUCAAUAUCUGAUAGUGAUUGUGAGUUCAUAAAUGCAAAUCCUGACUAUGACACAGCAUCAACUCUUGAUGAUGAAGAAACAAUAGAACCAAACUAUACGCCGCAAAAUGUGAAAGAUUCUGGCUACUCCGAUAUCGGUGAUCCAAUUGCUGAAUGCAUACAUUGUGGAGCACUGAUGUGGUAUCAAGAGAAGACAGACAAACGAAAACAUAGUGUUGUACCCAAAUUCCAAUUAUGUUGUGGAAAUGGUAAAGUUGUGUUGCCGCUUUUGAAUGAACCGCCACUGUUACUAAAGCAUCUAUUGUCUGAUGAUAAUGAUUCAGACUGUAUAAACUAUCAGCAGUAUUGCAGAUUGUACAACAUUAUGUUUGCCUUUACGUCACCCGGAAUGAAAUUUGACAAUAGAUACCAAUCGGCAGGAGAACCGCCUAACAUAAGGAUACAUGGACAGACUUGCCAUAGAAUUGGGAGCAUGCUCCCUUUAGAUGGAGAAACACCAAAAUUUGCACAGCUUUAUAUUUAUGACACUGAUAAUGAAAUCCAUCAUAGAAUGAAAGGAAUAGGGUAA